ACUAAGACUAGGGGAAAGUUCAUAUAUUGAAUUCGACGUUCCAGGUCCGUGAUUUUUCUUUCCAAUUCUUGGAUUCGAUUCAACAUCUUUGUUUGUUCACGUUCCAUAAUGGAAAUUUUUUCGUUCAAUUUUGCCACUGUCAACGAAUUAACAUCGACAAAAGUGAGCAUUUCUUCCAUUUUUUGUCUGGCUUCUUCUUCUCCACCUUGAUUGGAAUUAAAAAUCAAUUUGAAUACGUUAUUGCAUCAUAACCAUUACCUAUAAAUUCUACCGUUCCAUAUUUGAUGGAAAAAUCAGCGUCUUUAUAAAGAAUCUGUUCUUUGGGCCAAUCCAAAGGAUCAGUACUCCUCCAUUUAAUAUUAAAAUCACAGAAUUGAAAAAUGUUUAUGAUUUCCAGUUGACCACUUGCAUCACGGAUAAUCGCAUGCCAAGUCAUGAUUAACUUUUUUUCAAACUUGGUCGGUCUUAGAAACUACUUUUUUCCAGAAAAGUAUCCAAAAAGUUAUAUUAAAAUUAACAAAUUGGAGUUGGAUGAGAGUAGUCGAAAAAAAAAUCUCAACUGAAUGACACCUUGAAAGUAGCAUUGAUGAACUUGCAAUAUGUAAACGAUUUGUUUGACAUGGUCAAUAUCGUUAACGGUGAUUUGAAAUUUUUUUCUUUGUUCAACCUUUUUCAACAAUCUUAACCACAAUCGAUGCUAUGUUUUUUCUUUGUUUUUUUUUUAUUAAAAUGGGGUAGAAAUUUGCUCAAAUUUAACCACAAAUGCGGCUGUUUUAUGUUGCUAAAAUCAAAUGACACACACAUUCAAAAUGAACAACAGUCAUGUCAACAUGUCUGAUGCAGUGAUGAGAAGAAUAAAGAUUGAAACAUUAACGACAUGUUUGUUUAUUAUUGAAUUUUUCACCAAUAUUCUACGAUUCGUAGGAUUAGGCCGUCGAUAUUAUAAGAAAGAUAAUCGUAUUGAUGGCAAAAUUGUCUUAAUAACCGGUGCUAAUAGUGGAAUUGGUUUAGAGGCUACUUAUCAGCUAUGUCGACGAGGAGCCAAAGUAGUCAUGUGUUGUCGUGAUGUAGAAAAAGGUCGACAAGCUGCCAAUAAUGUUCGUCGUCGAUUUCGAACAGCCGAUAUAGAUGUGCACCAACUCGAUCUAUCGUCCUUCACAUCGAUUCGUCGAUUUGGUAAAACAUUAGGUGACCAUUAUGACCGAAUAGAUAUAUUGAUCAAUAAUGCCGGCGUUAUGAUGUGUCCCGAACGAACACUAUCAUCGGAUGGUUAUGAAAUACAAUUUGCCACCAAUCAUCUGGGUCAUUUGCUAACACAUUAUGUUUUGCCGUUGAUGAUUGAUUCGGAUGAUGGCCGUAUCAUCAAUGUAAGCACCAUACAUCACAUUAGAGGACGAAUUUUUUUCGAUGAUAUUAAUUUCACGAAAAAACCGUCCUCUUAUGAUCCGGUAGAAGCUUAUUGUCAGAGUAAAUUGGCCAAUGUCCUUUUCACCAGGCAAUUGGCUAAAGAAUUAGAUGAUCGUUCGGAUAAAUUUCCCAAUGUCAAAGUUUACAGUCUGAAUCCAGGAACUAUUAAUACGAAUCUGACUAGACAUAUUCUAGGCUUUAAAAGAAUCAUUUUCAAUAUUAUCGGUUUUCUAUUCAAUCUGGAUGUUUAUUCGGGUGUACAAACGACACUGUUUUGUGCUUUAGAGCCAUCAUUGAAAUAUCAAUCAGGCCAUUAUUACAGCAAUUGUAAAGAAAAUCAUUGCAUAUUCAGUGAAUCAUUAGAUGAUGAAGCAGCUCGACGAUUAUGGACAAUUAGUUGUCAAAUGGUUGGCAUCGAACCGAGCAAAUAUUUUAAAAUUUGAUGUAUGAUGGAAAAAUAAAUUAAAAAAAAAUUUUUUUUGAAAAAAUUCAUUUUAUGUUCAUUUGAAUGCGCAAG